AUGCGGAAGUUCUCUGAAAGAUAUGCGGAAAGGAGCGGCACAUACUUCUGCGUGGACAAGUCAGUGACUGCCACAGUGAUUCAAGGUCUGGCUGCACACAAGGACGAGCUGGGUGCCCCGCUGUGCCCAUGCCGCCACUAUGACGACAAGCAGAUAGAGGCAGACACUGGAUUCUGGAACUGCCCCUGUGUCCCCAUGAGGGAGAGAAAGGAAUGCCACUGCAUGCUUUUCUUGACUGAGGACAACGACUUUCGUGGGGAGGACGCCACGAUAACACCAGAGGAGGUGUUGCAAGGGACAGGGGCCCAGUGA